UGUAAAACCCAGUCAUUUCUUUGAAGCAGCAGUCGAGUAGAGUCAUGCCUUUAUACGGCUUCCUCUCCCCCGUCUUCCUGCUGCACUGGAUUUAGCGUAUAUUUGUGGGAAUUGGAAUUUUUGGAUUAUUUUUUUUGUUGUUGUUGUUGUUGGCGACCUCUUACAGGAUUCCCAACCCAACCAUGGAGUAUCCCAACGCCACAUCGAACAACUGCUCCAUCAGUGACUUCAAGCACAACGUCUACCCGAUUGCUUAUCUGUUGAUGUUUUUCCUUGGGCUUUUUUGCAACCUCAUAUCCCUGUUCUUCUUCAUUUCCUCUUCGUUGAGAAGAAAAGUGUCUUUGUCUCCAGUCAACAUCCUAAUGCUCAAUCUCCUUCUGUCCGAUCUGAUGAUGGUGUGUUCGAUGCCCUUCCGAGCCGCCUACUAUCUCAUGAGCUCCGACUGGGCCUUCGGGGACGUCACCUGUCGGAUCAUGUCCUACGUCUUCUACAUCAACAUGUACGGCAGCGUCUACCUCCUCGCGGUCCUGAGCGUGGUUCGCUUCGUGGCCAUUGUGAAGCCGUUCGCAUACGUGCGCUGGCAAACCUCUCGGAGAGCCUGGGCGAUAUGCAUCGUCAUCUGGCUGAUCGUGGCCCUGAUGUCCAUCCCGCUCCUGAAAGCCGGGACGUCUCUGGAGUCUGGACGGAUCAAAUGCCUGGAACUGAUCCCGUCCAACUUGAGCACCAUCAUCGUGUUAAAUCGCGUCACUUUGUUUUUAGGCUUCGUCGUGCCCUUCGCGGUCAUCUCGGUGUGUUACAUUUUCGCGGCCUUUUAUUUGCUGAAGCUCAGGAAGACCAGGAGAAAUCAAAGGUCUCAGUUCAAUCACAAGAAGUCCUGUUCUCUCGUGAUCAUCGUCCUGCUGAUUUUCCUCGUGUGCUUUAUGCCGUAUCACGUCGUGCGAACUCUAUUUUUGGAGGCGGAGAUGGCCGCUAUAGACAAUGGUUUCGGAGAGUCCUGCGAUAACAUCGAACGCCUGAGAAAGGCCGCGGUCAUCACACACGUUCUGGCCUCGGGAAACAGUGCCUGGAUCCGGUGCUUUUCUUUUUCGUUGGGGAAAACUUUAUUAAUUUUUGGCGACAGAAUACACCCAGAAGACAGAGUUGUAUAAUUGAGCAGAAUGUGAAAGUGUUGGAGAAGAUAAACAGUGAUGCUGAGAGAAAAUUCACACUGAUCUAGAGCCCUUAUUUGGGACCUGUCGGGACUUGAAGAGGAAAUUCCUGGAAAAAGAUUGGCUCUGUGGUCCCAUGCGGGAAACACUUGAUUAACCUCCAGAAUGUCACAAUAGCGGUGUUUCCAACCACAGCUGUGAGCUGUGAACUCAUGUGAAUAUUGCAUAAAUCACUGUUUUGUGUUCAAGAGAAUAGGUAAAUCCAUUCGAGGUCAGACUUCGGCUCUGGAAUUCACAAAUGACUAAUGCAACAUUGUAGACGGUGUGCAAUGUGAUUGCUGGCUAUGGUACAGUUAUCCAAUCACAUGAUCUGUGGAGGCGCAUGGAGGAACUGAUUUAGAAAAUGUGUUUGUGCAGGUCCUCUUAUUGGAUAAUAAAUAUACAUACAUAUAUAUAUAAAUAUAUAUAUAGUUAAAUCUUGGAUGUGAUAUUUAGUUGAUUAAAGUCUUUAAUCUUUAAAAUCUUUUGCUUGCCAGAUGUUUCUCCUGAGGAAAAAUAUCUAAUUUUGCUUGUUUUGAGUUUCAGACAAAUGUCUUACAUUUUCAAUGUGAAAUCAAUAUUUCCCAUCAAAUCUUUCUGACCGAAACACUGUUUCUGUUUUUGUUUUGUUCUGUGCUCUUGUCAACGUUGGUUCAUUUGUAUAGAUAGUUAACCCAGAAAUGAAGCCGUUAUUUUUGUAACAUAUGCUCUUCAAAGCUCUGUAUGUUUUGUGUAUUUGAGUGAACUAUCCCUUUAAAGAAUUAAGGUGAUUUCAGUGAAUUUUAGAGCAAAUAUUUGAGUCAAAAUUAAUAUUUAAACAAAACUGAGCUAGAUAAAAAAUACACUUUAUACCCUUCUAGGAAAUAUAUGCUAGUAAUUUAUUGAUUUUUUGUAAAUACUUGUCAGUAAAUGCAUACAUGUGUACAGUUCAAAGUUGUGCUGAUUAUACAUUUCUCAAUCAAAAUACUUUUUGAUGUGUUAAUCAUCAGUUAUGUUCAUGUUGUAAUAUUGUAAAUGUUUCAAAGAUCUAUCUAUCUAUCUAUCUAUCUAUCUAUCUAUCUAUCUAUCUAUCUAUCUAUCUAUCUAUCUAUCUAUCU